AAGGCCGACAGGCAGUGUGAUUGAGUAACCGAAAUUGGACAACAAUGUUUACGUUAAAAACAACACAUAUUACGACUUGAAUCAACAAAGUAUCAAUGAAAGCAGCGACAUGGAUUCCCCGGAGAGUGACAAGAAGGAUGUGCGCCGUCCAAUGAAUGCGUUUCUCAUCUUCUGUAAGCGUCACCGCGCCAUUGUGCGCGAGAAACACCCCGACCUCGACAACCGCAGCGUCACCAAGAUACUGGGAGACCUGUGGGCGAACCUCGGAGAGGACGACAAAUCGGUGUACACCAAGUUAGCCAAACAGUACAAGGAUGCGUUCAUGAAGGCCAACCCUGACUAUAAAUGGUACAACCCGGAGAAGGUGUUGCAGCCCCCGACCAAGAUGACGACGCGACCCACCAACAUCCGGGUUCUCAACGGGGCGCCGGAGAUAUCCCUCGAUGGCAAGAUCGUGCCAGGGAAACUUGCCGACCCGUCCAACAUGGGAGGCCUCAACCUGCUUCUGAUGGCCGGCCAGCAGUCCAUGUCCUCAAGGUCAUCUUCGUGUGGCUCGCCCGAGAAGGAGAAGAGAGUUACGCCCCCUGAUCAGCUCUCUCCAAAAUCUGCUUUGCUUGAAUUAGCUGAGAUGUGUGCAAAUGAACUUCAGUUGGACGAUGAUGACAAUUCACAGGUGACAACAACAGAUACAAAAUCUAAAGCGGGGAAAUGUCGAGCGAUAAGACAACCAGACGGUUGUUGUACAACUCCGCAGGACGGUGGUCCGUCUAUAUACGCAGACGUCCUCAACGAUGAAGAAGUAGUGACGAAAAAACCCAAAUCUAAACCGACGAGAUGGAAAAUAAAAAAGACAGUCGAGAUCAGUCCACCAACCCACACAGACAUUGAUAAAUCCUAUACGGAUGGUGGAACUCAGUCUUCGACGAAUGUUUGUAGUAGCAAAAAAAUUUGCCGAAUGUCUGACGCUCAUGUUUCUGUUGAACACGGAACCCCCAAAGGAAAUGUGGAAGAAGAAGAACAUCAGCACAAAUGUUUGAAAACUGCUGUCAACAAAACGGAAGAGAUGACUUUUGGUGGUGAGUUACUUCAAGGGGGAGAUAACUCUGGAGAUGGUGACCAAAAGGUAGAAGUUAAAAGAUUUCGCCGGAUGUCGAAUGCCGAAACCCUGGCCGAAUGUUUGUCAGACCAGAGUGACGAUCCAGUGACUAUUACCAACAAAGUUGACGGCUCUACAUUUUCCACCGACGGCACAGGAGAUGUCAAGGUCACGGUCAAAGUGAAGCAAAAGGCUGGCGCUACGGAAACGUCAUUAAGUACGGAAAAAGCAGCAAAGAUGAUGCUGGUAAAAGAGAACAGAGCGCCGCUGCUUCCUUGCAUAACGGUUCCGCAGUAUCCGAAAUCUGAAAGACGGUCGCAGAUAACGGGCAAGGUCGUUUCUGAGGCUGCUGGGAAGAUUUCUGAGGCAGCUGGGAAGGUUUGUGAAAAGAAGCGGUCACUGUCUCCCGAUUCUGAAAACUGUCACCUCAAAGAGGAGAAGUCCGAGUUGGACGUUAAUACAGGUAAUGAAGAUGACCAGGACUUGCAGCCCGUGCGGAAGUCGCGCCGUCGGAACCGUGGCCAGCGAUACCAGGAGCUGAUUGACGAGGGAAUCAUUCAGCCGUCCAAGGAGAGGCUGGCGGCCCGUCGCGCGGAGAAGACCUUUACUGGUAGUUCGUCUGGAGAGAGUUUUCUCGUGUGCGACGAAACCUUUUUUGACGAUGAAGUCAUAGAGAUGAAACAUCCUCCCAAGCGAUCGGCAUCGGAGACGGAAAUCACAGAUGAAAGAAAGUACAAGACAGGUGACUUUGAUUUGGAGGCGCACAUUGCUGUGUUACCAGCCUGUUCUCUAGAGCAGUGUCCAAAAGGGAGGAAAAUUGCCAAAGUGAGACACAACAGCGAGGGAUCGCCACGGAAACCGUUAUCUAAUAAUGACAAUGUGUCCAGUCAGACGUUGAUUCUUCCUCCUCACGUUAAAGUGAAGUCACCCAGUCAGCUUGGUGAGCCGGUGACUGGCAGUCGGAAACGUAAAGCUCGCAAACACUCGAUAACACACCUGCUGUUGACAGCGUGUGACACAGACCAGAAUACAAGCGGAGAUUCAGUGAAACAAGAGAGUGAAAACAUCAAAGAAACCAUGUUGUCAAUGACAACAGAACUCCCUGAGACUGAUGAAAACGUACGAAACGUCGACUCGACAAAACUAGAUCUGAAGACUGCGAUUAAGCUUGAACAGCUAGAAACUGAAGUCUGUUUUCUUCCUAAAGUUAAUGAAAAAUGUAUUAAGUCAGAGAAAGAACAAAUUGUGCAAGAGAAAUCUACAAAUAUUCUUGAUGACCAAGCUUUCUCUGGUAUUGACGAGAAGGAAUCGAAGCCCGUUUGUUUUCCUAAUCGGGAUGAAAAAGAAGAAGAUCGAGAUGUCUUCGAGAAGGAUGAAAGGGAAGGUAACUCUGGAGAUGAUGAAACCGGUAAUAGAUCUGUCGACCCUGUGGUUAAAGACGUGGCAGUGACGACUGAAACCAAACUGAUAUUAAAUGUGGAUAAAUCUUGCGAACCGGUAGUGCUUUCGAAGACGGGAAUAAAAUCUGAUACGGAUCAUGCAUUGGUCUGCAUCUGUGCUGAUGGGGAUGUUGUAGGAGAUGAUGAAAACUCUGUGGUUUUAACAUCGCGCGAUGUUUGUCGAGACAAAACUGCCACCCAACAGCUAACGGCCACAGCAUCGGAGAAUUAUAACAUAGAAAAAUUGACUGAAAAAAGCAGGCCACUUUUGAAUGAUGGAACUGAAAUGAAAUCGGUUGUUCCUGGUGAAAAAAUCACCCGUUUGUCAAAAGAUGAAGCUUCGGAUCAUGGUGAUGAUGAUGAUGAUGAUGAUGAUUGCCUUGAGAAGAAACCAAACAAAAACCUAAGUGUUGAAUUCGCACCAUCUUCUGAUGGUUUUAAACGGACUGCGGAUGGCUUAAACACAGUGAUGCACGUUUCAUCGCCCGCGGAAAACCAUCCUGCAGAUCAGUCUGUUGUCAUAGCAACGGACAAACAGGAAGAGAAGCCCAGUUUGGAUAAUGAAUCUGUUUCGAUAAGUGAAUCUCCAUCAUUUUCUGUGACCAUGGUAACGGAAAAGCAGGAAGAGGAAAAUUGUUCGGAGGCUGAACCUUAUUCAGCAGUGUCCACUACCGAAGCAGAUAAACAACAGAUUUCCAGCACAGAUGCCGUGCAUUUAAGUCCUGGCACAACUAUCAUGGAUGUUUCCACGGCUAAUGCAAAUACUGUACUAAUAGGUGAGCUUCACUCCAUUAAAAAUCCGACAACUUUGGACGCCAGGGUUACAAGUCCUGCUGGCACAGUGGCAACUGAUAUUGUCACCAUGGUUACAGAUCCUGCCGUAACAGUAGCAACUGAUAUUGCCACCAUGGUUACAGAUCCUGUCGUAACAGUGGUCACUGAAGUUGCCACCAUGGUUACAUACCCUGCUGUAACCACGGUCACUGAAGUUGCCACCAUGGUUACAAACCCUGCUGUAACCACGGUCACUGAAGUUGCCACCAUGGUUACAAAUCCUGUGUUUGCAGCAGUGAGCGAUGACACAACAGGUUCAAGUAUUGCGACGAUGACACCGUAUUCUGCAACCACCACCCCAUCCACGAAUCAGGUCGUCAUGGUUUCCACUCCGGCAGCCUGCACCGUCGUCAGUUCGGUUUCCAUGGUUUCCAGUCCGGCCAGCACCGUGAUCAAUCCGGUUGCCAUGGUUUCCAGUCCAGUGACAGCGGUCGCGAGUCCAGUGUCUGCCGUUUCUAGUCCAGUGACUGCCGUCUGCUCGUGACGUCUGCUCCUGGCAAACCGACCGACCGACGUCUGCUACUGUGAAACAGAACACUUGACACGGACUCGCCAAAAAGAAAGAAGAAUGAAGAAGCCUAUUACCACGAGCGAGUCAAAAACACAAACUGCCUUUUAAAAACAUUACAGAUAAUGAGAAACAAGAGAUGUGAAGAUUAUUUAAAAUUUCAGAAUGUUUUAUAUGGAUAUGUCAUAUGGUUGCCAUGGUAACAGAAAUGCAGCUGGAAAAUGCAAACGGUUACCUGGACAGCUCCGAGUCACAAAAUUUUAAUACUUAAUACUUAAACUUUCUUGUCCAAAAUGUUUUUACAAGUUUUACCUUUGGUUAUAGUUUGCCUCCAAAAAACAAGAAAGUUUAUGUUUUAUCCUAAUUUAUUUAAAAGAAAACUUGAAGGCACAAGAUUUAAAUGUUUUUAUUUACAUUACAUGGUUUCAAUGGUAGCAGAACUGCAGCUGGAAACUGCAAACCAAUUAACCCAAACAGCACCCUCGAUCAACCCAAUAAAUGGGUGUUUCUAAUUCAGGUAUUUAAAAAAAAAAAAAAAAAAUAUAUCUUGUCCAGAAUGUUUAUACAAAAGACACCUAUCAUUUCAAUAAUUAGGUGUUUUUAAUUGCAUUUUCUCUCUCUCUCUCUCUAUCUUUCUCUCUCUCUCUCUCUCUCUCUCUCUCUCUCUCUCUCUCUCUCUCUCUCUCUCUCUCUCUCAUAAGUCUUUAGUAUUCAAAAUAUCUUGUCCAAAAUGUUUUUAACAAAUUUUAUGUUUGGUUAUAUUUUUGAAACUGUUUUAUCUUUUUAUCCUAAUACAUUGAGAAGACAAUUGAGAAGUCUAAAUGUAUUGUAUCAUUUAUCAUGAUGUCCUGCAGACAUGGCUACAUGGGGCCCUGUACAGGUAUAUUGUAUUUAUAUUUAUUUCUCACAGAAUGAGACUAUGACAAAGUGUGACAGUAGCAAGGAAGGAUCCAGGAAAUAUUUUAGGGUGGGGAUCAUGGGCAAAAGGUCACAUAUGGACCAACUCCAGAAAAAGACACUUAAUUCAGUAAAAGUUUAGCACUUGUGAAAACAAAAUUGUAAAAAAAUUGCUAAAACAAAUUGGUGGGGUGGGGCACUUGAAUAUUUUUUGUGGGGUGGUGGCUGGUCACCUUGGUCUUCUCCCUUGAAUCUGCCCAUGAAUAGAAGGAGAAAUUAGUGGAAUUCUGUACUUAAGUUUGCUUGUAAAGUACUCUUUUGGGAGUUCUCUUACAAUACGUGAAACCCCUCUCUAAAAGCAGACUCUUUGUAAACUGGAAUAAUUUAAAAAAGGGUCCCUUUUUAAAUAUCAGUACAGAAUACAAGAUACCCCUUAAAACUGGACUUUUUCGUUUGGCCCAUUGGUGUCCGGUUAAGACUGGUUUCACUAUAAUUAUAUAAAGAGGGAUUCUUUGGUGCCAGGGUUAUGACAUGAAGUUGGUAGUUCUAGAAGAUGUUUUUAGUAAAUGUUUCUAGUGAAGUUCACUUUUCUAGAAGAUUUAAUGAAGUUCUCUGGUUCUAGAAUAUACAUGUAUAUCUAAUGGAGGGUCUUUCUUGUUGAACUUCUCUGGUUCUAGAAUAUACAUGUAUGUCUAAUGGAGGGUCUUUCUUGUUGAACUUCUCUGGUUCUAGAACAUUUGUUUAAUGGAGAUUUCCAAUGUAGUUCUCUGAUUCCAGAAUAGAUGUAUGUGUCUAAUAGAAGAGUUCUCUUGUUCUAGAUUUCCAUUACAGAAAUUUGCGGAGAAGUUCUGUUGUUUUAGCAGAUUUCUUUAAUGAAAUUCUCUUGUUCUUGUAGAUUUCUCUAAUGAAUUUCUCUAGUUCUACAAGAUUUCUUUAAUGAAAUUCUCUGUAGCAGAUUGCUCUUAUGAAAAUCUCUACUUGUAGCAGAUUGCUCUAAAGACAUUAUCUAGUUUUAGUAGAUUUCCCUAAUAGAAGUAUCUAAUAAGGUCUCUGGAAUACUGGAAAAGCAGAAUUUUGAAUUUCUUACAGUAAAUUGUUAAAUAUAUUUGUACAUACAUGUUUUAACCGUGUCUUUAUUUAAGUACUCACCACAUAAUAUAUACAUUAUAGAGAGAGCAUUAUAUAACAAUGUAUGACAUUUUUGGAACAAGCUUGUCAUUUUUAGUUCCCAAAGUAAAAGUUUAAAGUUUGCUUUUGUUUAACAAAACCACUAGAGCAAAUUUAUUAAUCAUCGACUAUUGGAUGGAAAAUAUUUGGUAAUUCUCACAAGUAUUUGAAGGUGACAGUGUUUGUGUUGGGUGGGGGGGGGGGCUUUGGUGAGUGGGUGGUGGGAGCUUAAAACUUAGUAAGCACGUUUCAUGAAUUUCAUACUUGUUGCUUUGUUUGUCAGUGUACAGGUUACAUUAUGCAAAACAGUGACAGCCAGUUGUUUAGUGUAUAGUAUUUUUUCGUCUCUGUAAAUUUACAUGGCUGCAUUUUGUUAUUGAUUGAAAGUUUAUUGCUGAUAUUUGUAUUGUAUUCAUAUUUUGUUCUUCAUUGCCCUGUUUCGAUCAUUUCUCCUCUCUGACUUUGUCCAUCUUAUUGUUUUUUUCUUCCAUUCUGCCAGCUCCUAACAUUCUCUUUCUUUUACUGUCCAGCUUCACAUCCCAGUCCUUGGCCCACAUUUUCAAAGCUAUCUUAGCACUGUGAAAUCAUAAAACUAUCGUAAACUGUGAUGUCACUAUGGUAUGUGCUGUAGUGACAUAGCCUAUGAUGGUUUUACGAUUUCGUAGUGCUAAGACGGGGCUUCUAAAAUGUUUACAAAAGCCAUGGGAUCAGUGAUUUUAAAAAUGUACUAGCCAUGA